AAACCAUAGACAUUGGUUAUUGACGACAAUUGUAACUUGUAUGUGCUCGGGCGUAUUCCGCUUUUUUUUAACUUGUUUUUUAUUUCUUCAGGCGCUGUCCCUCCACCCCUGAUGGGAGACAAGCUGCGUUUAUACCAUGUAGAUAUGAAUCCAUACGGCCAUAGGGUCCUACUUAUCCUGGAGGCGAAGAAGGCCAAAUAUGAAGUUUACAAAUUAGACCCUCUGCAUCUACCGGAGUGGUUCAGAGCGAAGAAUCCUAGAUUAAAAAUUCCAGUCCUGGAGAUCCCCACGGAGUACGGCGAUAGAUAUCUGUUCGAGAGCGUGGUCAUAUGUGAUUAUCUUGACGAGAAAUAUCCGCGGAACCCGCUGCACUCCAGAGAUCCCUUCGUGAAGGCGCAGGACAGACUACUUAUAGAACGAUUUAAUGAGUUAAUCAAAGGCAGCCUGGAAUGUUUCGACACAAAUUUCGUGUUCGGAAGUGAACAAAUAAUUCAGACACUAGAUAUAUUUGAGAAGGAACUGGGUACAAGAGGUACAAACUACUUCGGUGGUAAUCGUCCAGGGAUGCUCGACUACAUGAUCUGGCCGUGGGUCGAGCGGCUAUAUUUACUGCGGUGCCUCAGCCAGAAGAAAUUCGACGAGAAACGAUCGCUCUUCCCAAACUUUGCUGAUUGGGGUGAUCAGAUGCAACUAGACGAAGUAGUCAAGAAGCAUUCACAUUCACCUCAAGAAUAUUUCGAAUAUUACAGGAAUGCGCGGACGCAUUCUAUGGGAUAUUACCUAUAAUGUAUUAUAGUUUAAAUUGUUAUACAAAUAUUAGAACACCCCGACAAUUCUGCAUCAUUAUGUAGACAUUAAAACGCACGUUUGGAAAGAACCAAUGUAACCUCAAAAUAUUCAUUCAAAAGUACUAGUUAGAUUAUGAAAUGUUUAAUUUAUCAAUAAUAUUGAUAAACCAAAUUCUGAGGCAUAUUUAUAUUUAUUCCAUAGACAUGAUGGCAUUGGUUAAUUUGGUAACGGCAUAACAUAAGUUUAUAUUUAUAUAGUAUUCUUUUUGUCAGCCAAA